GAAGGAUGUAUAACUGAGAUUUGCAUCUGCGAAUUGCGAUCGACAUAAAAUACGGCUAGUGUUUAUUUAUAUUUUUAAUUUUAGCGUAAUUCCUUAUAAUAAUGAAUUUAAUUAUAUAAGAUCCUAUUAAAAAAGCUCCAAAUAAAGAACAAUUAACAGAUAUAAUUCAAUAGAUUAUAAUUCAAGACAAUGAUUUUAAACAUAAUUAUUCUGUGUGUCGUCGUGCUCGUCACAGAUAUAAAUGGUGAACGACUGCAUGGUCAAAUUUAUUCGUCGAUUGAAGGAAGUGCAGCUUGUUUCAGAAGACUCAAUGGCACACAUCAAAUGGGAUGUUCAUCAACGGAUAAUGGUGCGGUUGGUGUAGUACACAUGAUAUUUGAUGUAGGUGAUGCAGAGUGGAUAGUUCAUAAUUCAACUGCGGGACCAUAUGUUGGAGUUGUCAGUACAUCACUGUUUCACAGUGUAAUAGAUCUUUUGAUUAGUGAGCCCAGUAAUGUAGCUGGAAUUCUGCUUUACGAUAAUGCAACUAUGAGACCUAGUUCAUUCAGUCAAGAGUCGAGAUGUCCAAAUGAAUACUCCGCAGGCCCUGGUAGUACCUGCUCAUCCUCACAAGCAGGUGGCAUUGUGUGGAAUGAUCAUGGCACAGGACUGCUCCGAAGGGAUGUACCAUUCCCUAUAUUCUUCCUGCCAGAAUCGAAAGCCGAUGAAAUGGUCAAGAUUGUCAAAUGUUACAACAAAUACAAUAUUGAUAAAACUGAACAAAAAGGACAACCUCUCUGCUCACUUCAACUCAGUUCAUUCAUGUAUGCUGCAGUGAACAGUGCAGUAUGUUUACGAAGAUCUGCAUCAUCAGCUUUUCUGACUCCAACCAAAGUUUGCGACCCACUCGGCGACUAUAAUGUUUACUACUCACUGUUUCCUCGAGUACAAGAAACAGGAGUGGAAAGCAAACCAGUGACUUUAGUAACAGCAAGAAUUGACUCGGCUUCAAUGUUUGAUGGUAUUGCGCCAGGAGCGGCCAGUUCAGCGGUCGGUAUGACAACGCUCAUUGUAGCAGCGGCUACUCUAUCGCAAAUGAUACCCGUUAAUGAUUCUAAAUUGUACGCUCGCAACGUCCUAUGGACGCUAUUCAACGGCGAAUCGUUUGACUACAUCGGUUCCCAGCGCGUGGCCUUCGACCUCAGUAGAGAGAUGUGGCCCCCAGUGAGCCCGCUCUCUCCCAGUGAUAUCAAACUGCACAUAGAGAUCGGUCAGUUGGGCGGGGCUUUGGAUGCGUACAAAGAUAACGCGUCGUGGCCUAUGUAUGCGUUCGCGCCGUAUGCUGAUGGAGAUUCUAUUCCGCCUGAGAUAACAGAAUUCUUAGCUGAAAUGUCACAAUCUGUCACCAAACACAACUUUACAAUAGAGCCAGCGUUCACCAAGAAUUUGCCGCCAUCGUCCCUGCAUUCGUUCAGAAAGAUACUUCAGAACGAAACACUUAGUGGGAAAUUACCUGAAGUUCUUUUGGUGGAUCAUAUGGACACUUUUACGAAUAUGUACUAUGAGUCUGCGUUGGAUGUGUAUGAUAAGAUUGACUACUCAUACCACAAUUUAAGUAUUAGUACUGAUGGCAAAUUUAUACCAACAGAAGAAUUGUUAGCAAAUGGAACAAUGACACAGAAUGAAGCACAAGUAAAGAUAGCUCGGAUUGCAACUGCUUUGGCACAAACUUUGUAUCAGCAAGUGGCUGGUAAACCAUACGUCGGUUCUGUAGAAGCUUCGGCUCAUUUGGUGGACGAAAUUCUAUACUGCCUGUUACAAAGCCAAGCGUGUCGGCUGAUUUCCGCUGCGGACUAUGCGAGCAACACAGAGGAAGUGACCACAGAGAAAGCGGCGUCUCUGUACGUGGGCGUGGCCGCGUGGGCCAACACGCCGGCUGUAUAUGCGGGCCACGUGCUAGCGCUGCUCACGGGGGAGCGGGUGAACACUAACCGGACAGCGUGCGAUGCACUUGAUACGUCUGGAUACUCAUAUUACUUUUUGAGAGGAUGGAACCACUCUGGCGUGUGUAUUCAGACUACAAUGAACUUCAGCCAAGCUGUCAGCCCAGCGUUUAUUAAAACUGACUACGACUUUUCAUCGGGCGAAUACUCCACAUGGACGGAAUCUGUGUGGCAAACGAUGUGGGUGCGCGUGUUCGUCACCGCGGGGGGCGGGGGUGCUCGCCUCGCAGCCAUCACCGGCGUGUUUGCUACGCUCGUAGCAGCGGUCACUACGUACUGGCUACAGACGUACUCGCACGUGAUAUUCCCAGCGUUAUCGGCUACGCUGGUCGCUGAUACGGCGCCUGGGAUUUUACGGACUGUAAACUGUUAGAGUAAUUAUUAGUAUUGAAUAUAAGUUUUAUUUAACUGGAUUUAACCCUUCAACAUUCCAUAGAAUAAUGUAUAACAUCACCUCUACAAAAUAGAAAUGCGAACAUUAUUUAAAAAUCAUUAAAAAAAAUUAUUAAUUUGAUUUAUUUGUUUUGUAUAAUGUUUUAAUGAAAUAUAAAAUAUUCUGACCAUAACAUUUAUAUGACAUUUGUAUAAGGAAAGAGAGUAUUAAUUAUUGUAGCAUUGAUCUCCGUAAAUUGUACUCAAUAAUUGAAAUACAUAAUAAUAUAGUUUAAGUAAAAACACUUAGUAAAUUUUCUUGGUUUAAUUUUUUAUUUAACAUAAUUAUUGUAUAGAUUUAAUGGCUAUUUAAUAAAUGUGUUUUUCUUAA